CCACUUUCAGGUCUCAGCUCAUACGCCACCUCUUCCAGCAAGCAGGGGCCUUUCCUACCGCCCAGUAAUAAAGGGCAGCUCCCAACAACCCCAGAACCCCUCUUUGCCUUAUUUUUUCUGUCUGAUACUUAUCAUCUGGCAUAUGAUCCCUUUUAUCAGUUUAUAUUUUCUUGGCUUUUGGUCCACAAGACCAGUCACUCAAUGAGAAGGUCACUGUUGUCCCCAAUAAAACCAUGCCCGACGCAAAAUAAGUGUUCAAUAAGUAUUUCUCAGAUGAAUGAACUUUCUUUCAGCAACAAUUCCUUUUUUUUUAAACAUAAAAAUGGAGCAUUUUCCCCUCUCUACCCGACCUCAUAAAAUGAUUAUUGUAGUUAGCAUCCAUCUUGCGCGUAAAAGGACUAUGACAGAGUUCAGAAUUAAUUCACACAAGAACCUGCUAUUCCAGCCAUGCGCCUGCUAUGUCAGUCAACACGUUUUGGUUCUAAAUCUAGUAUUUGCAAGGUGCUAUGAGGUAUAUGCACGACUUAUCUUAAAGAGCUUGUGUUUAAUUGGGAAGAGCCAGUUAAGGAUUUAAGGGCACCAAAUGAUAGAAUGGGUAGGAUUUGGAUUGGUGGUGAGACAGAAGCACCCAGCCAGGGCAAGGACAGGGACAAAGAUGAGUGCAAGAGGCUACAACAGGCUGGGAGGCGCUUGGUGGGCUGGGGGAACAGAGCACUCCCGAUGGGGCUGUUGGAGCAGGGAGCGAAAGGCAAAGGGCAGGAAAAUGUAGAGGUCUUCAAGGGUGAGGAUUGCACUCGUGUGUCUUAUUCCAGAAUGCUUCCUCAUCUGGUGGUGUGUAGUGACAGGGAGCCAUGAGAAGUCAGAGGACAGAGAGGAUGCACUUGCCUAUUAUGCUAGUUUUGCUUUAAAAAACGAAGAGAAACUCACAAUUAACCAGUAAGUCAUGUUGAAUAUCUUGACAGCAGCGCGAGUGGGAAGUAUGGUGCAAAGAUUUUCUAGAAUUCUUCAGUGAGGAAUUUGCAAAGAAAUGUUCGAUUAUCACUGGCUUCUUCAAGGUUUGUUCUCAGACCCUAAGAGCCAGAGAUUAUUCUCUCUGCCUUUGGCAUCCCUGAGAGAAAAAAGGGUGACGGCUGCAUGAGUUCAGGAGCCAUUAUGUGUUAUUGGUGGUUGCACAGGGGUGGAGAGAGCCAUACUUCUGAAAACAUUUACACUUGAAAUCAUUCUUAGUGUUAACUCUUCCAUUCUUACUAAAUGCUAGAAACCUUUGUUUUUAUUCUUCAGCUUUAUAAAGCCAAGUUGUGCUUUUAUAAUAAGAAACAUCUCAUAUUCUAGAAAGCAGAAACACUCAAGGAAAGGUUCAUUGAGGGCGUCGCUUAAAAGGCAAAUGUUCAUUAAAUUUUUUAUCUCCUUUGAAAUGGAAGUAAAUCUGCAUGAUUUUCUUUAUUCUCACAUAAAAAAAGACGUAAGCGCAAUUCCCUUUCUUAACACAGGCACAGUGGCCUGUUAAUUAACAUAAGAAAUCCCAAAUCUCAUAUGUUUAUUUAGCAAUCUCAAGGAAAUCAGAUUUUUUAAAAAGGAGCUUUUAAUCUCUAAAAAGCCCACUGUCUGCACUUUCUCUUGCUGGUAAGAAAAGAGUCUUUGUAACGCAAAAUGCUGUGAAAGAUCAAAAUUACCACUAAAAUGUAGGUCCCUGCACCGAAUCAGUAUUAAAGUCGAGUGGGGAGGCAGGUUAUUUAUAUGCAUAAAGUCUUAGAAAGCCUUUGAAAGCUUCUGACAUAUUAAUAAAUUCUAGAAUCUUAAAACUAGAAAGAACCUCAGAGUUAGAGCCUGUUAAAUCUCCUACACAAUGCAAGAGCUCCCCAAAAGUCUUUUAUGGAGUAGCUGCAAACUUUGAGGUCCGGAGCCCUCCGUCGUUUUUUGCAGGCACUUGAUUUCAUUUGAUUAAACUUGUGUUCCUCAUAAUAGGAAAUUGGUUUUGUUUUGUUUUGAACAUGCACUGCAGUGUACUUGCCUUGGUCGUAUUUCUAACUUGUACAGUUAGAUUUCGUAUCCUAAGCCCAGGUCCUUACAGCACAUGCUCUCCACUCAGACCUGAGAAGACGUCCCUACCCUUCCUAGUCUUUUCGGGAUUAACCGUCUUCUGUGCUUCCCACAGUCCUUCAUUCGACAGAGGUUUGAUGUUUGACUCUACUGAUCAUCGCGUGACCUCGUGCUAAAUAACGCCGGCCUUAAAGAGCAGUUCGGUGUAUGGUGGAGCGAUUGUUCAGUUCAAGGGAAUGAAGAAUUCAGAAUAAUUUUGAUAAGUGGAUUGCAAUAUGGAGAAUAAGCUGAACAUUUGAUCUGCUUUGAAGAAUCGUAUUUCGCCUUUGUCUAGAGUAAUCCGUAACAACCAAACCAAUCACAAUGAAUUCAACAUCAUUUUCCCAGGUUGAAAACCAUUCAAUCUUCUGUAAUUUUUCAGAGAAUUCCCAGUUUUUGGCUUUUGAAAGUGAUGAUUGUCACCUGCCCUUGGCCAUGAUAUUUACAUUAGCUCUUGCUUACGGAGCUGUAAUAAUUCUUGGGGUCACUGGAAACCUGGCCUUGAUCAUGAUCAUCUUGAAACAAAAGGAGAUGAGAAAUGUUACCAAUAUCCUGAUUGUGAACCUUUCCUUCUCAGACUUGCUUGUUGCCAUCAUGUGUCUUCCCUUCACAUUUGUCUACACCUUAAUGGACCACUGGGUUUUUGGUGAGGCGAUGUGCAAAUUGAAUCCUUUUGUGCAAUGUGUUUCAAUCACCGUGUCCAUUUUCUCUCUGGUUCUCAUUGCUGUGGAGCGCCAUCAGCUGAUCAUCAACCCACGCGGGUGGAGACCGAAUAACAGACAUGCUUACGUAGGUAUUGCUGUCAUUUGGGUCCUUGCUGUGGUUUCGUCUCUGCCUUUCCUCAUCUAUCAAGUAUUGACCGAUGAGCCGUUCCAGAAUGUAACACUUGACGCGUUCAAGGACAAAUACGUGUGCUUUGAUAAAUUUCCAUCGGACUCCCAUAGGUUGUCCUAUACAACUCUCCUCUUGAUGCUGCAGUAUUUUGGCCCACUCUGUUUUAUAUUUAUUUGCUACUUCAAGAUAUAUAUACGCUUGAAAAGGAGAAACAACAUGAUGGACAAGAUGAGAGACAAUAAGUACAGGUCCAGUGAAACCAAAAGAAUCAACAUCAUGCUGUUGUCCAUCGUGGUAGCGUUCGCCGUGUGCUGGUUGCCUCUCACCAUCUUCAACACUGUGUUUGACUGGAAUCAUCAGAUCAUCGCUACGUGCAACCAUAACCUGUUAUUCCUGCUGUGCCACCUUACGGCCAUGAUAUCCACUUGUGUCAACCCCAUAUUUUACGGAUUUCUGAACAAAAAUUUCCAGAGAGACUUGCAGUUCUUCUUUAACUUUUGUGAUUUCCGGUCUCGGGAUGAUGACUAUGAGACGAUAGCCAUGUCUACCAUGCACACAGAUGUUUCUAAGACUUCUUUGAAACAAGCAAGCCCAGUCGCAUUUAAGAAAAUCAACAAUGAUGACAAUGAAAAAAUCUGAAACUUCUGUAGCAUAUGGUCCCAGAGGACAGCUGUCUAAAAACAAGCACAACUUACAACAUACUUUCAUUACCUGCUCCCCCAAGGAAUGAGGUUGUAAUCAUUUAAGAGACCAAGAUUUGCUUGUCUUGCUUUCUGCUGCUUUUAUUGUAGCUGUCGUAAUUACGCUGGGACAAAAAUGUACGGGCUUUGGAAUCUUCUGGCAGGAGUUUCGACCAGAGGUCCUUGAAGUGCUUUUUUUGUAAACAUCUGCAUAUAAUACACUUUUAUAUUCUAUUCGUUGGAAUGACAUUUCUUUAAAAUAUUACUGUUGACUGACUUUAGAGGCAUUACAUCUGACACUCCUUAGAUCGGGCAUCCUGAUUUGAUUGCAUUAGAUGGUCACUAGAUUGGGCAAUCCUGAUGUGAUGACACACAUCAUUUCAGGCUGUUACAAAGGUGACAGCAUGCGAGAUGUGCAGCUCAGCCCAUGUCUUGCAUACCCACAGUCCGAAGUCAUUGAGGAGUGGUUUGCAUUUUUUUUUCUUUUAAAUUUAAAACCAGACUUAAUUUGCUCCUGAUUAUCACUUAAGAUAAAAAUGCAUAAAAAAUACUUCUCAGCUGUGAAUAUCAUGGGGAAUUGGGCCACCCACAAGAAUUAAGUGGGAAAGCAGUUCUCUAAUUUCAAGACUAUUUUGGUACCUGACAACCAAAGGAUUUCAGAGUAAUUAAUUUAACAAGCAAAUUAGUAUUGCAGCAAAUAGUUGAAUUAUAUUCGUCUGAAUCGGCAAGAGGUUUUCCAUUCUUCACAGACUAUUCAGUGUUUGUCGAGCUUUCUAGCGUAAAUAUAUAUGUGACUCAACAAGCGUUUCCAGCUUACAGUAUACAGAUACACAAAGUGUAUUUUCCAUACAUCAGUGCCUACAUAGUAACUCAUUCUUAACUUUUCCAAUGUCCGUUCCUCAGAGAAGGACACCAAAGCGUACUGCUAAAAGAAUGUCCACCCUGGCUAGCAGGAAUAAAUACCUGAAAACUGAGAACACUUCAUAGAGCCCAUAUUAACUUGUAUAAACCGUGUGCCUUGUGGAGUCUUACGAAUAAUGUACUUAAUAGAGUAUGCAGUGGUUGUGUCAUGUUAAUAUACUUACUUUCCUGCAUUCUGUAAUCGUGAUUGAGCCUCAGAAUCACUUGGAGCAAAGAUAUGUUAAAGAACAACAUAUAACUUUGGUGUAUUAUAGAAGUAUUAAAUGUGUUUGAUUUUAGAAGGGCAGACAUUUUCUUUAUUAAAAUG